CUGUCAACAUAUGGUCAACAUGGUCGCAGCUGUCAAUUAGACACUUUGUAUACCACAUUGUUUUAUUCAAUUUUAAAGAAAACCACCAAAUGCCAGCAUGAAUAUCGAAAUUGAGGAAAACAUCAGGAAAAAUGUACCCUGGUCGCAGUUGCCCGCACAUAUCAAACAGAUUUUAAACAAUUCGCUAAAAGACUACGAGCGAUACGUGGUGUCUUUCAGUAUUAAAAACCAGCUGCGCUACCGCGGGAAUUUAGUUCGACACAUUGUUCGUGAUGAGAAGCGCUAUUAUGAACGCGUGGUGGCCUACAGUAAAGAACGCUUAAUGCUUUUCCCGUACCACUUAGCUGACAUGAUUGUCAAAGGACUGAGAAUCACUCCCUUUAAUUAUUAUAUUUCCGUGGUGGAAAAGUUGAUGCAGGCUGAGAAGAGUUAUGACACACUUCCAAAUUUUACAGCAGCUGAUUGUUUGAGGUUGUUAGGGAUUGGUAGGAAUGAGUAUAUAGAGUUGAUGAAUAAAUCAAGGUCGAAUAGGGGGCGCUUGUUUGGUAAGAAGAAUGUGCGAGGGCUGCUGCCGAGAGUACCGUGUGAUAUACAUAUUGAGCCGUGGUGGAGGGUCGAGGUGGGGCUGGUCUUAGAGGAUGACGUUAAGUCAGUAAAUGAAGAAGAAUUAGUGGUUAUUGACCGAUUAAUUGACUUAGGAUCGCAAACCGCGGGAGAACUGAACUACAACGUAGUCAUAAGCCUUUACAAGAAAGGUUUGAUCUACUUAGAUGUCCCCAUAACAGGUGUUGAUUGUAUACAAGUACCUCCUUUACAAGGUUUUGUUAUGAAUCGCAUCCUAGGGGAUUACUUUGAAACACUCCUUUAUAAAAUUUUCGUGUCAAUUGAUGAACACACAACAGUUGGAGAGCUCGCUGGUGUUCUUCAAGUGGACACGGAAUUAGUAAAACAAGCCGUGUCGCUCUACUGUCGCUUGCAAUUCGCUCGAAAAUUAGACCCUGAGACUGAAAAAGACAGAGUUAAUAGACACCCGUCGUGGAAUUUAGUAACACCACAAGAACUGAGAAACGUAGAAGUUACCCCACUAACUUUAAGCUUAAGUAAGGAAAACCUCACUCAGAACGUUCAGUCGCCUCAGACCGACCUCCCAGAAAGUCCAGCCAACUCGACAUUGACCAGAAAAGGCCACAGAGUCGCGUUUCUGUUCGAUUCCACUCUCACGGCAUUCCUCAUGAUGGGAAAUUUAUCACCAGGUUUGAAAAAACACGCCGUCACGAUGUUCGAAGUUGGUAAACUUUGCGACGAAAGUCUCGACAGUUUUCUUUCUGAGUUAGAAAAGGUGUCAGUGUUAGACGCUGAGGGUGAGGGUGAAGCUAGACGAUUUUUUGAUCAUGCUGUUAUUCUGAGGUCGACGAUUUUGGCCCUGCGGAAAUUGCCAGGACCGGGUUUAGAUCUGGUGAGGUUGGAGAGUUUGCACUCGUUGGAUGAGGCCACGUGUCUUCGUUUGUUACAGAAGAAAUAUAAUCUGUUGGUAUCAAUGGCACCGUUGAGUAGGGAAGUACGGCCUGUGGUUAGUUUGAAUCCUCCACAUUUAGGGCCUGCGGUGCCCGAGGUGAAUUCGCUUUGGUUUAAGUUGUUCUUGUACCAUAUUACUGGGUAUGGGCCGCCUUCGUUACUGCUAGUAAAAGGUACCGAACUCAAACAGCUCCCUCGAAUGUUCCUCGGUUAUUCCCGUCUUCUCGUCACCACGUGGCUCCACGAACCCGCCGUCAUUCCAGUAUCGAAUAUCCUCCACGUCAACGCCGCCGCACAGUAUUCCCCCGUACUUAUCCAAGCCUACGGCGUCCACCAGCCCGCCGACACCCACAUCAUUCCCUUCCCUUUCCGUCCGGACACGCCUUCGAAAACAUUCUGCGAGGUCCAAACCGACCUCCAGUUCCGCAACCACCCGUCUGUCAAGUUCCUCUCGAACUUCGUCGACCUGGAGCACAACUGCGGAUACUUGACUUUCGCCAAUAUCGGCGUACUGGAUUUCGGGUGUCCGAAUAAAGAGCUGACCGUGAGACUGGGCAAGAAUCAAAGACAUAUCAAUCCGAGCGUGGCGAGACAGAACAAGAGCGAGCCGCUGUCAAUUACGAACGAGAAUUUUAGUUUUAAUAGCGUGAAGAGUAAGAAGGAGAAGCAGGAGGCGGAGUUGCAGUCUCCGGACGAGUCACAUUUUGCCUUAACUCCUGUAGCGAACAGCCAGUGCUCGUCGCCGGCGAACGGCUUCACCAGCAAGGAGUGCUCGGAGUUGCUGCAGCAAGAGCUGGACGAGCUGGAGCAGAAGGAGCUGAGCAAAGAGGCGAAAGACGAGGCGUUACCGAGCGUCGUGUCGAUAGACGGACUGAUGUCUCCAACUGAAGAGAACAUCAGCAUGUUUUCGCGGAACGAAGCGGAAGAAAGCAUAGUCGAAGAAAAAGAGGACAAGGUGGAGGACGAGAACUACGGGGAGGUUUGGACCCUAUUAGAUUGCCAUUUUGGAAUUCCUCUGUUUGAUGUUAACGCAAAUACUAAAAUUUGUGAUACUAUAGUGGCAGGAGGCUUGGCUGACGCGAAUAGUUUAGAAAAUUUGGUUGAAUCUAGCCGCAAACUGGGGUCCGCGCUUCUGGAUUUCAUCUCGCAGUGUCAAUAUUACGUCGGUGAAAACAUGGAAAUAAUGAAACGAGGUCGCUUGGUUCCGCUCCCACGGUACAGUCUGGUGUUCGACAACGGCAAAGUGAGCGAGUGGUCUGGAAAAUAGUAAUGAUAGCAAUACCGAAUAACUUAAGUAACUUAAGUAAAUGGGUACUUAUACAUACAAUAACUGUAUAUAUAUUAAAGUGUACAAAUUAUGUGAUAUGAUAUUUUUAAGUUGGAGACUUACUUUUGUAAAUACGUGCAUUUACUAAGAUGGCAGGGCUAGAGUUAAGGCGUUUAGUAGGACGCAAUACUUUUUAUUUUACGAGUCUUUUUACUUUGAAUUGCGUCGUGUUAAACGUAAGCGUAAACCAAAAUAGGCAGUGUUGCGUUGUUUAGGUUGAGGACCAAACAGAAAAUCUGAGACACAUACUUUCAUUUAUUUUAUUAUGAUUUGUACUAAUUAAAGCAGUAGCGGUACUAAUGUAUUGUUUUAACGUUUAGAUUACGUACUGUUAGAGUAAAUAAAAUGUACCUACUUCUUAGUA